AUGGGGGGCCUUUGCUCGAGGAGUUCUACUGUAGAUAAUGCUCUCGGAGGAGGUCUUUCUCAUGUGAACGGUCAUUCGAAUGAGCGUGGUUUGAUUUAUCAGUCUGGUGAAGUGAAAGUAAGUAGCAGCACGACGCCUCCAGUAAUCGUAAAUGUAGGGGAUAAGCAACAGGGAGAACAACUGGGUUCAUCGACGGAGUUAAGCGUGGUUCCUAUCGGGACGAGUCCAGAAGAUAUGUAUGAUGGUAUUCCACGCUUGGCAAGGGUGCUGUCAAACAAAUCUAGAUCGACCAAAACAAAGCAAGCAGCCGUUGCAAAGGUUUCAGAAGUGAGUUCCCUUCUAGGUAGAGCGGGUACCGCUGGUCUCGGUAAAGCAGUGGAAGUAUUAGAUACACUUGGUAGUAGCAUGACAAAUCUCAAUCCUAGCAGCGGUUUUACCUCAGGAGUAACAACAAAAGGCAAUAAAAUUGCAAUUUUGGCAUUUGAAGUUGCCAAUACAAUUGUUAAGGGUGCCAACCUUAUGCAAUCCCUUUCAAAGGAGAAUAUCAUACAUCUGAAAGAAGUGGUGCUUCCUUCAGAAGGGGUCCAAAACUUAAUAUCAAGAGAUAUGGAAGAAUUAUUGAGAAUUGCAGCAUCAGAUAAGAGAGAAGAAUUGACUGUUUUCUCUGGAGAAGUGGUACGUUUUGGAAAUCGUUGCAAAGAUCCACAAUGGCACAAUUUGGACCGUUAUUUUGAGAAGUUAGGCUCAGAACUUACACCAGAGAGGCAGCUUAGGGAAGAGGCAGAGACAAUGAUGCAGCACUUAAUGACUAUGGUUCAGUACACAGCAGAAUUGUAUCAUGAAAUGCAUGCUUUGGACAGAUUUGAACAAGAUUACCGACGUAAACUUCAGGAAGACGAGAACUCAAAUACUACACAGAGAGGAGACAGCCUUGCAAUUUUGAGGACAGAGUUGAAGAGUCAACGGAAACAUGUGAAGAGUUUGAAGAAGAAAUCACUAUGGUCAAAGAUUUUGGAAGAGGUAAUGGAAAAGCUUGUAGACAUCGUCCAUUUCUUGCAUUUGGAGAUUCAUGAAGCCUUUGGUAGUGCAGAUGGCGAUAGACCAGUGAAAAAUUCAACGAAUAGUCACAAGAAGCUGGGCGCUGCUGGCCUUGCUUUGCAUUAUGCAAAUAUUAUCACUCAAAUUGAUACUCUUGUCUCUCGCUCGAGUUCUGUGCCCCCAAGUACAAGAGAUGCGCUGUACCAAGGGCUGCCACCUAGCAUUAAGUCUGCCAUGCGCUCCAAAUUGCUUUCUUUCCAGUUUGACGAGGAGCUCACCGUCCCUCAAAUCAAAGACGAAAUGGAGAAAACUUUGCGGUGGCUUGUCCCGAUUGCUGCUAACACAACCAAAGCUCAUCAUGGAUUUGGUUGGGUUGGAGAAUGGGCAAAUACAGGGUCUGAAAUGAACCGAAAGCCAGCUGGGCAGAACGACUUGCUGAGGAUCGAGACUCUGCACCAUGCUGACAAAGACAAGACCGAAACACACAUCCUCCAACUGGUGGUGUGGCUUCACCACCUUGUCAGCCAAGCAAGAGCAGCCAAUGGCGGAAUCAGAUCACCUGUCAAAUCACCGAUGCGAUCCCCAAACCAAAAGACGAUACAGCUGACAGCACAAACCCCCAGCCCUCAGUCUCCGAUGCUGACAAUUGAAGAUCAAGAGAUGCUGAGGGAUGUAACCAAAAGGAAGAAACUGCCGGGGAUAAGCAAGAGCCAGGAGUUUGACACCGCUAAAACCAGGCUAAUGAUGAGCAAACACCACAGGUUGACCAAGAGCAGCAGUCAUUCCCCUACCCGCGAAACCAAGAGAGACCCUUUCCCUCUCAGGAGACCAUCGUCGAUCCCUGUCAUUGACUUCGACAUCGACCGGAUCAAAGCCUUGGACGUGAUCGACCGUGUCGACACGAUUCGCACCUUGUAG